UUCGACGAAUAGCGUGAAGAGGGUCGGUUUGUGGGCGCGGCGUACGACGCUCUGCGUCGGUUCCGCCCUCGAAAUCCAGGUGGAUAGAGAAACAUCUAUCAGAGAAAAGAGAGAGAAACAGAGAGGAAGAAUGGAUUCCCCCAGCAGAUCACAAACCGGUCGCUCGUCAGUCGACGCUCAGUCGACAUUGCCAGUUGAAACGCGUACGUUCACCUGUUUAGUUCGUUUACUUACGCUUAGGAGGUUUGUCCUUUCCGUUCUUCGUGUAUUUCUUUUCUUUUGCCAGUUGUAUACAGUGUUUUUAAACUUACGAAAAACAACAGAAAAUUCCGUUAGUGGUUUGGUGUGUAAACAAAGACAUUGAGUUUGAUGAAUAUAGCAGUUGUGCGAAGUUAAAGAGACAUUCGAAAGGUUCGAUUCGAGUUGACAACACAUCCAUCUAUCACGUUUAUAAUAACGGCUAUUGAGUAUGAUAAGCUCUCACCAACAGCAUCCCAGCUAUGGGUUUCUUUCCGGCAUGGACCUCCAUUCCAUUCACCAUAUGGGCCAGGACAUAAACCAACAAUCAUUAACACCGCAGGAGCAACACAUCAAGAGGCCUAUGAACGCGUUUAUGGUAUGGUCUCGGAUUCAAAGAAAAAAGAUUGCAUUAGAUAACCCUAAGAUGCAUAAUUCAGAAAUAUCUAAACGACUUGGUGCGGAAUGGAAGCUUCUCUCUGAUGCGGAAAAACGACCCUUCAUUGACGAGGCAAAACGCCUGCGUGCCGUGCAUAUGAAGCAACAUCCAGACUAUAAAUACCGUCCACGAAGAAAACCAAAGAUUGCAGUAUCCAUUGGUAAUGGUAAAACAGUGUCACUAAAUUCAAGUAGUUUCGCCAGUUUCCCAUUACCGCCUUACUUCGCUGCACCUGCCACCUCGGUUUCUCACCACCACCCACACCCUCUCGAUUAUCCGCCCCUGCCGCCCUACUUUGGAUCCGCCUUCGACGCCGUCCACUUCAGCAAACUGGUAGCUGGUAGUGGGACAGGAUCACCAUCGACGAACGCGGCAGCAGAUGUAGCCAACAAUAACGCAGCUUCCGCGGCAGCAGUAGUCAGUAGCUUCUACACGGGACUCUAUUCCACACCUACGACACCAACUAAGCCGUAUCCGACGACGGCGUCUCAUCUGGGACCACUAUUUCCAACUGGACACCACAGUGUACCUGCGACUACACCUCACCCACCUUUAAUGUUUCAAUCUUCGGCGGCAACUGGCCCCGGAAGUAUUGUGACAACGACCAGCAGUCCUGGAAGCAGUCCAGGAUCUACUCCUAUACCAUCGUCCCAUCAGCAUGUCCCUACAUCGGCUACAUCGACGUUGGAUAUGGAACAGCUACGUCGACCAGUCCCCGUGAUAUAUUAAACCCACCGAUUUAGACAAAAAGGAAGGUUAGAAGGGGCGGAAAACUUGCACACAUCCUUGGAGCAAGAAGAGAUUAAUGAAUAAAAAGGAAUAAAAUUUGAAAUGAGAAGAGAAGCAGAAAAACAGAUGAAACACAAAAUUUGAGAUUCGUUCGCGAACUAUUAUGAUGUAACUCUAUCAGAAUAGAUAUACCUUUUACGGUCAUCAAUACCAAAAGAGAUCUUGACCUGCGUGAAUGAUAUCGAGAAAAUGCUUUUGAACACCCGCGACGCGGCGCUCUUGAGAUCACUUCUGGCGCGCCACCUUUCUCCGAGCUCUAAGCCUUACGAUCUAUUGUUCUACUCCUUUGAUUUCGAACAGGCCUCGACUUACCUACGUCGGUGGAAAUGGCUUGGUCCGUCCACGCUUUACGCCCCAUUGCUCGUUCUUGACUCUCGAGCGUUACCAUAUAUCAUUUCUACGAUUGUAAAUAACCCGUAAAAUACACGAAUCGCGUAGGUUAAGUGUACGAGCCGUUUUCGCUUAUGGUUUUUAGAAAUUAGAUAUUUCGUAAAACAGCGCGCCCUGUGUAUCCGUCAGAUCUUAUUUUGCUCAAUAACUACUCAUUCGCAUUCGGCUAAGCAAGUAGACAGAUUGAAACUUUUUACUCAAGAUUCCAAAAAACUCUUCUGUAUAAACGUGUACAAGUAAAAAUUGUAUGAAAGAAACAGGUAAUGACUAACGUAGAGUGAGAUCUACGGACAGCAGGCUCGUUCUUAGCAAACGACCGUAUCACCUACCUUGAAGAUCUAAAAAUACGAAUUCGUGAAAAGCAAGCGAUAUUUCUAUUCUGUUAUGGGGUUUAAUUUAUAAUGGUUAAUAUUCGGGGAAUUAUACAUUAAAUUACAUAUUUACGACUAUCCCGGGGAAUGGUGUUUCCAAUGACAAACGAGAAAAAAUUCGAGGAUAUAAUGUAUUCUUGUUUUAUGCUAUUAGCAUAUAUGAUCGUAUCUUAACUAUAAUUACUUUUAACGAAUUAAUCAACCAAUUUUUUCGUAAAAGUAUAUAUAGGUACGAGAGUAAGAAUAUGUAUUAUUUCCGAGUCGUUUCUUGUUAGUUGUUCGCAACACCAUUUUAUUAAGCUCAUCUUAAAAGCAUUUUGACUAUGGUCCGGAUGUAGAUAGACCAGUCGUUAACUGUGAUUUUAUUGCGAGUUUCCGCGUAUACUCGUAUUUCUCACCGGUACUUAUGAUAAAUCCACGCGUACGUGUUUUUUCAUAAUUUUAAAUAAUUGACGUUUUUGUACUACUUAUUCUGACUAAAGCACGCACACGUAUGAUAUUAUUGCAUCGUAAUUGAAGUUAUUUAAAGCGGGAUAAAAGAGAGAUUAUGUCUGAAAAAUAGAUUCGUGUAUUAGAAUAAAUUUUUAUUCCUUUAGUCCUUCUCGGUCUAUAUCUUCAUUCUUUUACUCCUAGUUUAAAUUUGUUUAUGUAUGGAAUAUAUGUAUAAUACUAGCUAUAUGUUUAAUGUUACGUACACACGUUUUAAUAUUAUAGUGUAUAAGUACGAGAGCGAAAACCAAAAUUGUCGACAUGAUUAAUAAGAGUGUAUAUAUGUACAUAUAUAAGUUCGUCCAUUAUACGUGUAUACAUGUGUUAAGUCCAGUUGUACAAUUUGUGUUUCGUUAUGAAUGAAUUGUUAUUAUUUCUUUGAAGCACGGCUGUGUAAAACACAUCUAACGUGAAUGAUGUUCGUUGAGCGAUCGAUCGAAAUUCACACGAGCUGGUUUCAUUUUUAACAGUGAUUGUCGAACAGAGAGAAUUUUAUCAUCGACAACGGUCAACGACGGGGGUCGAUAAAAGGAAGGAACAAAAUCUUUUAUCAUAUAUGUGGUUUUAUUUAUUAUUACUUAGACAUCAAAGUAAUAAAUGACUCUAUGAAUUUCAGUAA